GCAGAUAAAAUCUUCAUUUUUCAUUUUACUCCUGUAGGUACAGCAGAAAACACAUAAAUGUGGAAAGCGAGAGCACUUGGGAAAAUCAGCUACCAUGAGUUGCUAGAAGCAGAAAGUAGUGGUGGAUGCUUUCUGUUGUAUGAUCUUCAGCAAGGUUUGGGCAAAAGGGUGACUGCUGCUCUUCUCUGUUUACUCCUGGAGACUUGGACAGACCUUUGACAGGAUGUUGGGAUUUCUGAAGGAGCCGGUUGUUGUUACUGUGGAGAUAAAUAUGAAUGUCAUGGUGCUGACUCUGAUGGGAUUAAUAAGCCGACUCUGGGGGCUUUCCUACCCACGGGCUGUAGUUUUUGAUGAAGUUUAUUAUGGCCAGUUCGUUUCGCUCUACAUGAAAAGGAUCUUCUUUGUGGAUGACAGCGGCCCACCUUUUGGCCAUAUGCUGCUAGCCUUGGGAGGUUACUUAGGAGGAUUUGAUGGCAACUUCUUAUGGAACAGGAUUGGAGCUGAAUACAGCUUGAACGUUCCCGUGUGGUCUUUGCGACUCCUGCCAGCACUAGCUGGUGCUCUCUGUGUGCCUUUAGCAUACCAGAUUCUGGUAGAACUGCAGUUCUCCCACUGUGCUGCCCUUGGAGCUGCUCUUCUGAUUCUCUUAGAGAACUCUCUGAUUACUCAGUCAAGGUUCAUGCUCCUGGAAUCAAUAUUGAUUUUUUUUAUCCUACUUGCAGUUUUGGCCUAUCUGAAGUUCUACAAUUUGCAAAAGCAUAGUUCCUUCUCUGGAAGCUGGUGGUUUUGGCUCCUGUUGACUGGAGUAGCUUGUUCUUGUGCAGUUGGAGUGAAAUAUAUGGGCCUCUUUACCUAUAUACUGCUGUUGACCAUCGCAGGACUCCACUUCUGGCAUGUGAUAGGAGACCAGAACUUGUCAAAUGUUUCCUUGAUGUGCCAUUUUCUAGCUAGGGGGCUGGUCCUCAUUAUCAUCCCAGUGGCAAUGUAUGUGUCCUUCUUCUAUGUUCACUUGACUUUGCUGUAUCGCUCUGGGCCUCACGACCAGAUUAUGACAAGUGCUUUCCAAGCCAGCUUGGAGGGUGGGCUGGCUCGAAUCACUCAGGGUCAGCCCUUAGAGGUGGCCUACGGCUCUCAGAUUACUCUGCGGAACGUGUUGGGCAAGCCCAUGCAGUGUUGGCUCCAUUCUCACACAAAUACCUAUCCCAUCAGGUAUGAGAAUGGCCGAGGUAGUUCCCAUCAACAGCAGGUGACCUGCUAUCCCUUCAAGGAUGUGAACAACUGGUGGAUCGUCAAAGAUCCUGGAAUGCAGCAGCUGGUGGUGAGUAACCCACCCCGUCCCGUCAGGCACGGGCACAUCGUGCAGCUGGUCCACGGCAUCACAACUCGGUACCUCAACACGCAUGAUGUUGCUGCCCCUCUUAGCCCCCACUCCCAAGAAGUUUCCUGCUAUAUUGAUUAUAACAUCUCCAUGCCAGCACAGAACCUCUGGAGAGUGGAAAUUGUAAAUCGGGAGUCUGACACAGACGUGUGGAAGACAAUUCUGUCAGAAGUGAGGUUUGUUCACGUGAACACCUCUGCAGUGCUAAAGCUCAGUGGAGCAUCUUUACCUGACUGGGGAUACCGGCAGCUGGAGGUGGUUGGCGAGAAGCUAUCCAAAGGCUACCACCAGAGCAUGGUGUGGAAUGUGGAAGAGCACAGAUAUGGGAAAAGUCUAGAGCAAAAAGAGAGGGAGGUGGAACUCCACUCUCCCACACAGAUGGACAUAAGUAAAAACCUCAGCUUCAUGGCGAAGUUCACGGAAUUGCAGUGGAAAAUACUGACAUUAAAAAAUGAAGAAACAGAGCAUAAGUACAGUUCCUCUGCUCUUGACUGGAUCACAAUGGACACAAAUAUUGCCUACUGGCUCCACCCAACUUCUAGUGCCCAGAUCCACCUCCUUGGGAAUGUUGUCACCUGGGCUUCAGGUAAUGUUGCUGCUCUGGUCUACAUGUGUCUGUCUCUGUGGUACUUGAUACGACGCAGGAGAAAGAUCUACGACAUUCCUGAAGAUGCAUGGCAGCUCUGGGUAUCAGCUGGGGGGAUCUGUGUUGGAGGCUGGGCUGUGAAUUACUUGCCCUUCUUUGGGAUGGAGAAAACACUUUUCCUGUACCACUACCUGCCUGCCCUCACAUUCCAAAUUCUCCUGAUUCCCAUCGUAUUACAGCACAUCAGUGAUCAUCUCUGCAGAUCUGUGCUUCUCAAGAGCAUGUUCACUGCAUUGAUCGUAGCCUGGUUCUCUUCAGUUUACUUUGUCUAUUGCACAUUCAGCCCCGUGACCUAUGGGGAGCCCUCCCUGUCUGUUACUGAACUAAAGGACUUGCGCUGGAAGGACAGCUGGAACAUCCUGAUCCGAAAACAGUGACAAUUACCAUCUCAUUACAGGCAAAAAGAAACACCUUUUAUGCAAAGCCAAGAAUUUAUUGUCAGUGUAACUGAAACCUUAACAGACUGGUCAAAUAAUUGACAGUAGUCCAGCUCUAAUUAUUACAGGAAAAGAAAAUAAAAGAACACUGUUACAGAAAAGUCUCAA